UCCAAGAAAGAAAGAAACACAAAGAACAAAGCAACACGUUGCUCGCCAUUGUAGUCUCCCCCUUGUAAUAAUAAUAACACAAAAAAUCUUUAAAAAAUUAAAAAUUAAAAAUCAGUGCAUAUAUUAUUUUUAUUCUUCUCAAAAUCAAAAUCAAAAUCAAACUCAAACUCAAACUCUCUGUGUUGAUCUCAGAUCCGAAGAUUAUACAAUUGGUCUUGGAUGGAGAGCCUGGCGCAGUUAGAGGCAUUGUGUGAGAGGUUAUACAAUUCGCAAGAUUCCGCGGAGCGAGCACACGCGGAGAACACUCUGAAGUGCUUCUCGGUGAAUACGGAUUACAUUUCACAAUGCCAAUACAUUCUUGACAAUGCAUUGACGCCGUACGCAUUGAUGCUCGCCAGUUCGAGUUUGUUGAAGCAAGUCACUGAGCAUAGCCUCGCCUUGCAGCUCCGUCUUGAUAUCAGGAGUUAUUUGAUAAACUAUUUGGCGACAAGAGGACCUGAAUUGCAGCCGUUUGUGACGGCAUCGUUGAUUCAACUCUUGUGUAGACUUACCAAGUUUGGUUGGUUUGAUGAUGAUAGAUUCCGGGACUUGGUAAAAGAGUCCACGAAUUUCUUGAGUCAGGCGACAUCAGAUCACUAUGCCAUUGGUCUGAAGAUAUUGAAUCAGCUUGUGUCUGAGAUGAAUCAGCCUAAUCCAGGGUUACCUUCAACACAUCAUCGACGGGUUGCCUGUUCCUUUAGGGAUCAAUCACUAUUUCAAAUAUUCCAAAUAUCCUUAACAUCAUUGAGUCAACUGAAAAAUGAUGUUGCCAGUCGAUUGCAAGAGUUGGCUCUUUCGCUCUCUCUUAAAUGUUUAUCUUUUGAUUUUGUUGGGACAUCUAUUGAUGAAAGUUCAGAAGAGUUUGGUACUGUUCAGAUUCCGUCUUCUUGGCGACCAGUCUUAGAGGAUCCUUCGACACUGCAAGUAUUCUUUGAUUAUUAUGCUAUUGCAGAGGCUCCUCUUUCUAAGGAGGCAUUGGAGUGCUUGGUUAGACUGGCUUCCGUUAGACGUUCUUUAUUUACGAAUGAUGCAGCUCGCUCUAAGUUCUUGGCCCAUUUGAUGACAGGAACCAAAGACAUACUUCAAACAGGGCAAGGUCUUGCUGAUCAUGAUAAUUACCAUGAGUAUUGUCGCCUUCUUGGACGUUUCAGAGUGAAUUAUCAGUUGUCGGAGCUUGUGAAUGUGGAAGGCUAUAGCGAUUGGAUACAAUUAGUAGCAGAGUUUACUCUAAAGUCCUUGCAGUCUUGGCAGUGGGCCAGCAGCAGUGUAUACUACCUCUUGGGGCUUUGGUCCAGACUGGUGACAUCUGUACCUUAUUUGAAAGGUGAUGCACCAAGUCUGCUUGAUGAAUUUGUGCCCAAAAUUACUGAAGGUUUCAUCACUUCAAGGUUUAACUCAGUACAGGCUGGAUUCCCAGAUGAUCUUUCAGAGAAUCCACUGGACAAUGUUGAACUCCUUCAGGAUCAGCUAGAUUGCUUUCCUUACCUUUGCAGAUUCCAGUAUGAAACCAGUGGCUUGUAUAUAAUAAACAUAAUGGAGCCUGUUCUGCAGUCAUAUACGGAAAGAGCACGUGUACAGACCAGUGAUAACAAUGAACUCUCCGUCAUUGAAGCCAAGCUUGCUUGGAUUGUUCAUAUCAUUGCUGCUAUUCUUAAAAUAAAACAAUGCACUGGCUGUAGCAUGGAAUCACAAGAAGUGCUUGAUGCAGAACUUUCAGCUCGUGUUUUGCAAGUAAUAAAUGUCACUGACAGUGGGCUGCAUACCCAGAGAUAUCGUGAAUUGAGUAAGCAGAGACUUGAUCGGGCAAUUCUUACUUUUUUUCAGCAUUUCAGAAAGUCUUAUGUAGGUGAUCAAGCUAUGCAUUCCUCCAAGCAGUUAUAUGCACGGUUAUCUGAGCUUCUUGGACUUCAUGAUCACUUGUUACUAUUGAAUGUCAUUGUUGGGAAGAUUGCUACAAACCUCAAGUGUUACACUGAGAGUGAGGAGGUUAUUGAUCACACAUUAAGUUUGUUCUUGGAGCUGGCAUCAGGAUAUAUGACUGGCAAGCUUCUUUUGAAGUUGGAUACUGUCAAGUUUAUAGUAGCAAAUCAUACUAGAGAGCACUUUCCUUUCUUGGAACAAUACAGAUGCUCCCGCAGCAGGACAACUUUCUACUACACCAUUGGUUGGUUGAUUUUCAUGGAGGAUAGCCCUGUGAAAUUUAAGUCUUCAAUGGAUCCCCUUUUACAAGUUUUUAUCACUUUGGAAUCAACUCCUGAUUCAAUGUUUCGUGCUGAUGCGGUGAAGUAUGCUUUGAUUGGGUUAAUGAGGGAUCUCCGAGGAAUUGCAAUGGCCACAAAUAGUCGCAGAACAUAUGGGCUUUUAUUUGAUUGGCUAUAUCCAGCACACAUGCCACUUCUCUUGAAAGGAAUCUCACAUUGGACUGAUACACCUGAGGUUACUACACCUUUGUUAAAAUUCAUGGCUGAGUUCGUGUUAAACAAAGCCCAGCGUUUGACUUUUGACUCAUCUUCUCCUAAUGGCAUUCUUCUUUUUCGGGAAGUUAGUAAACUAAUUGUAGCUUAUGGAUCAAGGAUUUUAGCUCUUCCAAAUGCUGCUGAUAUAUAUGCCUACAAAUACAAGGGAAUAUGGAUUUGUUUAACUAUUCUCUCAAGAGCUCUUGCAGGAAACUAUGUCAACUUUGGUGUGUUUGAACUAUAUGGUGAUAGAGCUCUCUCUGAUGCACUUGACAUUGCUCUUAAGAUGACACUUUCAAUUCCUGUGGCUGAUAAAUUGGCCUUCAGAAAGGUAUGUAGACCACUAAUGAAUUUUUGGUUUUUGGGAUAACCAUUCCAUUGUAUCACGUGGAUUAUCUUCUAAAUUUGUUUAAACUUUCAAGCUGUUAGGUUGUUUCUCUUUCUUUUCCUUUCUCUAUUCUUUUCAGUGGACCCCUUUUCACUUUAACUAUGGUAUAAUCCUUUCAAUAAAAAAUUUCUUCUGUUUCCACCUAAAAAAAAAGAUGCUUCAUGCAUGUUUAUUAUUAACAAUAUUGCAUAUCAUUGUAAAAAGUUAUCACAGUGCUUACUAAGGGUGUUGUCAUGUGACAUUCUGAUGGGACCUGGAUAAUGAGGGUGUAGGAAAAGUGAAAUAAGAUAGCAAGUAGUGGAUUGAGGGGAUGUUGGCAGGAAACUUCCAUGGGUUUAGGCUAGGACAGGUGGUGA